GCUUAGAAAAGGUGUGAAAUCGGGGCAAAAACUGGGUUAACGUAAAAAGGUGGAUGAAGGAAGAUACGGUUCCUUACAAACGCGAAAUAUUUAUUACGCAACGGUUCAAGCAAGCUUGGCAAUCUCUCUUUGACGCUAGUGUGCAUUUUUUGUCUUCCUGAUUCAACAUUCGCGAUUAUUUGAGAUGACCUUAAUUUCAUCUUAAGCCAGUGGUAAUCAGAGAUGAUAGGAACCCCGAUAUCUUACGAUAUGCCACGACGUCACUAAAUCUUUUCCGUGAGUAACUGAGAAAUUGUGUCUGAGAGUGAAUUUAUGAAAUAUUGAAAUGGAAUCCGGCGAAAAAGGUGAUUCUCCAAGGAACCGGGAGCCUUGGUUCAGGGGGCGUACGAGGACCGAGAGAUUCCUCCUGGUUUUGGCCCUCGUUUUGAUCCUGCUGUGUGCGGCCUUAAUCUGCGUAGUUGUGUAUAUCUCGGUCAAACUCGGUUCUUCUGAUAACGUAGAAGCUUGUGAUAAAUUAGAAUGCAUCCGAGCUGCUGCACGAGUUGCGGAUGGAAUAGAUUUUUCUGUGGACCCAUGUGACAAUUUCUACGAGUACGCCUGUGGAGGCUGGAUGAAAAAUCACGUGAUACCUAACGAUAGAUCCUUCUUGGCUAGUUUUAGUAUUUUACGCGACACAGUCCAAGUCAAAUUAAAACAGGUACUCGAAGAAGAUAUAAGUGAGGGAGAUAUAGAAGCGAUUGUAAAGGCAAAGAACCUGUAUGGAUCCUGUAUGAAUACAACAAAUUUAGAGGCUGUAGGAAUCUCCGUGUCUCUGCCCCUUCUACGUGAAAUAGGAGGCUGGCCAAUUCUGGGCACAAACGAGGGAGGAAAUUGGAGGGAGGGGGAUUUCUCGCUCACCUCCCUAAUCGUCACCAUUAACAAGUACAGCAACGUGCCUUACAUCUACCCUUACGUGUAUUUAGACAGCAAAGACAAGAAAAGGCGUGUAUUGUAUUUAGAUAACCCUGGCUUCAUCCUCCCUGAACGGAAGCACUACGACCAGCCCCGGGACAGUCCCCUGAUGAAGGCCUACGUUGACCUUGGGGUCAAGGUCGCUAUUGAGUUUGGAGCCGACGAAGAACAAGCGCGAAGAGACAUGGAAGACAUUCUGGAUCUUGAAACAAAUCUUGUCAAUAUUACAACGCCCAUGGAAGAUCGAAGAGACAAUGAGAAGCUGUACAAUAAGUUUACUGUAGGGGAAAUGAAACUGAAUUUUACAGAGUCAAAAGAGCUGGACUUUACGUGGAGAGGCUACAUCCAACAGUUGCUACAGAUAGAUGGGGUGGAGUUUGACCUUGAUGAGAACCAGACAGUGAUUGUUGUAGAUAUACAGUACAUGAAGCGCUUAAUUCCAGUCUUGUUACAGUUUCCAAAGAGGACAAUUACAAACUAUGCAGUCUGGCGCAUCAUGAAUAACCGUAUCAAAGACCUCCCUGACAGAUUCAGACAGUAUCUUGGAGAAUACUUAAAGGUCCUGUACGGUUCCUCCCACAUUCGCUCCCGAUGGCGUAAGUGCGUGGACGUAGUAGUGAACUAUCUGGGUCUGCCCAUAGGCCGCCUGUUCGUACAGAGACACUUCGACGAAGAGGCCAAAGCCGGGAUCAGUGACAUGUCAGACAAUAUACUGGACUCAUUCAGGACGAUUCUGUCAGAGCUGGACUGGAUGGACAAAGAUACACGGGAAGUUGCCGAAGAAAAGGCUCUAUUUAUAAAAAGAAAGAUUGGUUACGAAGACAGCAUUCUGGAUGACGAUUUGCUGAACAGGCGAUACGAAAACGUAACAAUUCAUCCAGUAAACUACUUCGAAAACAUGUUGUUCCUCUUGAAAAGGACCGUGAUUGACGAUUUAUUGGAACUGCGUACAAACCUGUACAGAAUGGAAUGGGAAGUGGCGCCAUCAACAGUCAAUGCGUAUUACAGUCCUCCUCAGAACAGAAUUAUGUUUCCAGCGGGUAUUCUACAGCCUCCUUACUACCACAAGGAUUAUCCAAGAUCCCUAAACUAUGGCGGGAUAGGGACGUUGAUUGGUCACGAAAUCACACACGGGUUUGAUGACAGAGGGCGACAGUAUAACAAGGAAGGGGAACUACACGAAUGGUGGAGCAAAAGGUCCGUCGAUAAAUUCAAAGACCUCCAGACAUGUUUUAUCAACCAGUACGGAAACUUUUCAUCCCCUGAAGCCAAUGGAAUGAAGGUUAACGGUAUAAUAACGCUCGGAGAAAACAUUGCUGAUAAUGGCGGAGUGUUACAGAGUUAUAGAGCUUACAGAAAUUUUGUUUCCAAAAGAGGAAGCGAGGAAAAUCCUCUUCCAGGACUAAAUAUCACACACGACCAACUCUUCUUCAUCAAUUUCGCACAGAUACGCUGUACAAUUGCCGAGAAGAAAAACUUCGUAAAUCACUUAAUGACGGGACCCCAUAGUCCAUCCAGAUUCAGGGUUACGGGAACUCUACAGAAUCUGCCUGUCUUCUCGGAAGCAUUCCAAUGCCCUAAAGACAGCUAUAUGAAUCCAAGACACAAAUGUCGGCUAUGGUAGCGUGGAAGGAUAAACAGAUACCCCUGCAUUUUUAUCUUUAUUUCACAUUACUAGUAUUCUGUUUCAAUAUAUAUAUUUGUUAAUCGCCAUUUGUGAAUGUGUGUGUGUUGAAUGAAUUAAACAAAGAAAUUUUA